AGCCCGGAAAUUUUCCGGCCGGAACGUUCGGUGGGGUCCCACGUGGGUUGGGCUUCGUAGUGUGCUGGUCGUAGGACCUGCGGGAGCAGAACAGGAGCCGGGCGCCAUGGGGAAGCUGCGCCGGAGGUACAACAUCAAGGGGCGUCAGCAGGCGGCCCCCGGCCCUUCCAAGGGCCCUCCCGAGCCGCCCCCUGUGCGGCUGGAACUGGAGGAUAAGGGCACGUUGAAAGGAGUCGAUGCAAGCAACGCGCUCGUCCUGCCCGGCAAGAAGAAGAAGAAGACCAAAGCCCCUCCCCUGUCCAAGAAGGAGAAGAAACCCCUGACCAAGAAAGAGCGGAAGAUGCUGCAGAGAAUCUUAGACCAGAAGGAGAAGAAGCUCCAGCGAGCAGAGAUGCUCCAGAAAUUGAGCGAAGUCCAGGUUUCGGAAGCUGAGAUGAGACUGUUUUACACCACAUCCAAACUGGGCACCGGGGACCGCAUGUACCGCACCAAAGAGAAGCCCGACAGCAUGGCAGCCCAGGGUCUGGAGAAGGUCAGCAGCCUCAGCGGGGCCCACCGGAAGCGCCACCACCAGGAGGCAGAAGAGGAGGAGUCUGAGUCCUCAGCGGAGUCUGGACCCGAGGAGACCCCAGCGGACGAGCCGGCAGAGGCCGGUACAGGGUCGUCCCCAGCGCAUCUGCCACCAGCUCCGCCCGGGGCCAGGGGCCAGAGCCCAGUGCCCAGUGGUCUCCCUCCACCAGCUCCUCCUGCGGCAGCCUCUGCCCUGGCCAGGCCCCCGGCGAAGCCCGCUGUCUUCGUCCCCGUGAACCGCUCCCCUGAAAUGCAGGAAGAGCGGCUGAAGCUCCCGAUUCUCUCUGAAGAACAAGUGAUCAUGGAGGCAGUGGCCGAGCACCCCGUUGUCAUCGUGUGCGGCGAGACCGGCAGCGGGAAGACCACCCAGGUGCCCCAGUUUCUCUACGAAGCAGGCUACAGCAGUGACAACAGCAUCAUUGGUGUCACGGAGCCCCGCCGAGUGGCCGCCAUGGCCAUGUCCCAGCGAGUGGCCAAGGAGAUGAAUCUGUCACCACGGGUCGUCUCCUAUCAGAUCCGAUACGAGGGAAAUGUGACCGAAGAGACCAGAAUCAAGUUCAUGACCGAUGGCGUCUUGCUCAAGGAAAUCCAAAAGGACUUCCUGCUGCUCAAGUACAAGGUGGUGGUCAUUGACGAAGCCCACGAGAGGAGCGUGUACACUGACAUCCUCAUCGGCCUCCUGUCCCGCAUAGUGUGUCUCCGGGAGAAGAGGCACUUGCCGCUGAAGCUGCUCAUCAUGUCGGCCACGCUGCGGGUGGAGGACUUCACCCAGAACCAGCGGCUCUUCACCCAGCCGCCCCCCGUCAUCAAGGUUGAGUCCCGGCAGUUCCCGGUGACCGUGCAUUUUAACAAGCGGACGCCGCUAGACGACUACAGUGAGGAGUGCUUCCGAAAGGUCUGCAAGAUCCACCACAUGCUGCCCGCAGGCGGCAUCCUGGUGUUCCUGACGGGGCAGGCAGAGGUGCACGCGCUGUGCCGCAGGCUGAGGAGAGCCUUCCCGGUCGCCAGGCCCAGGCCUCCAGAAAAGGACGAUCAGAAAGAUUCGGUAGAAGAAACACGGAGGUUUAAGAAGUCGCAGGCUCGGGCGAGGAAGGCCAAGGCCACAACGCUGCCCCAGAUCAGUUUGGACAAUUACUCGGUGUUGCCAGCGGGCGGAGGUGACGAGGACAGGGAAAUGGACGAGGAGUCCCUGGGCUCCGACCUGGACCUGGACUUAGGGGACGACGGGACGGACGGAGGUGAGCAGCCCGAUGCCUCGCUUCCCCUCCGUGUGCUCCCCCUCUACUCUUUGCUGGCCCCGGAGAAGCAGGCGCAGGUCUUCCAACCUACCCCAGAGGGGACACGGCUGUGUGUUGUGGCCACCAAUGUGGCCGAGACGUCCCUCACCAUCCCAGGCAUCAAGUACGUGGUGGACUGUGGAAAGGUCAAGAAGCGGUACUACGACCGUGUCACCGGCGUGUCCUCCUUCCGCAUCACCUGGGUCUCCCAGGCCUCGGCUGAUCAGCGGGCAGGACGUGCGGGCCGGACGGAGCCCGGCCACUGCUACAGACUGUAUUCAUCUGCGGUUUUCGGGGACUUUGAGAAGUUCCCCCCUCCUGAAAUCACCCGGAGACCUGUCGAAGACUUGACCCUUCAGAUGAAAGCUCUCAACAUUGAAAAGGUCAUCAACUUCCCCUUCCCGACGCCCCCGUCCGUGGAGGCCCUCAUCGCCGCCGAGGAGCUGCUGAUCGCACUGGGUGCCCUGCAGGCGCCCCCAAAAACAGAAAGGGUGAAGCAGCUGCAGAGGUCCCGGUGGAGCUGCCCCAUCACUGAGCUGGGCAGGACCAUGGCCACGUUCCCCGUGGCACCGCGCUACGCCAAGAUGCUGGCGCUGAGCAGGCAACACGACUGCCUGCCGUACGCCAUCACCAUCGUGGCUGCCAUGACGGUCCGGGAGCUGUUUGAGGAGCUGGACAGGCCAGCUGCCAGCGACGAGGAGCUCGCCAGGCUGAAGGGCAAGCGGGCCCGGGUAGCCCAGAUGAAGAGGAUCUGGGCGGGGCAGGGAGCCUCUCUGAAACUCGGGGACCUUAUGGUGCUGCUUGGCGCCGUGGGAGCCUGCGAGUACGCGGGCUGCUCUCCCCAGUUCUGUGAGGCCAACGGUCUGCGGUAUAGGGCCAUGAUGGAGAUCCGGCGCCUGAGGAGCCAGCUGACCACUGCCGUCAACGCCAUGUGCCCCGAGGCCGGGCUCUUCGUGGACCCCAAGAUGCAGCCGCCUUCCGAGAGCCAGGUGACCUACCUGCGGCAGAUCGUGACGGCCGGCCUGGGUGACCACCUGGCCCGCAGGGUCCAGAGUGAGGACCUGCUGGACGACAAGUGGAAGAACGCCUACAAGACCCCCCUCCUCGACGACCCAGUCUUCAUCCACCCCAGUUCCGUGCUCUUCAGGGAGCUCCCUGAGUUUGUGGUCUACCAGGAAAUUGUGGAGACCACCAAGAUGUACAUGAAAGGCGUCUCGACGGUGGAGGUGCAGUGGAUCCCGGUGCUGCUGCCGUCUUACUGCCAGUUUGACAAGCCCCUUGAGGAGCCGCCCCCCGCCUACUGCCCCGAGAAGGGGCGGGUGCUGUGUCACCGGGCCAGCGUGUUCUGUCGCGUCGGCUGGCCGCUCCCCGCGGUCCAGGUGGAUUUUCCGGAAGGCCUCGACUGCUACAAGCACUUUGCCCAGGUUCUGCUGGAGGGGCAGGUCUUCCACAAGCUGGCCUCGUACAAGGGCUGUUUGCUGUCCAGCCCCAGCACGAUGCUGAAGACGUGGGCCAGGCUGCAGCCCAGGACAGAGAGCCUCCUGAGAGCCCUCGUUGCUGAGAAAGCCGACUGCCGAGACGCCUUGCUGGCUGCUUGGAGGAAGAACCCCAAAUACCUGCUGGCCGAGUACUGUGAGUGGAUCCCGCAGGCCGUGCACGCCAACGUCGAGAAAGCCUGGCCGCCCACUGCUGACUGCUGACCCGGUGCCGACCUGCAGGGCCAAGGACUGGCCUGCGGACCCAGGGGACUGGCAGUGGCCGGUGUCCGCCAUGGGCACCCUGACCCCAGACUGCACCCAGCAGGCAGGUGGAGCCCCUGGACACCCGUGGUCGUCUUGGCUCGGUUCUGGGCACAGCUCGCUGCCGCCCUGGGCAGUCCCGCGCGGGGUGGCUUUUAUAACUCUUCAUUACAGGGUGGGUCAUGGUUUCAUCUCCCAUGCUGGUCCUGCUUUAAACGUGCUCUGUGGACGACAUUAGUCCCUUGUAGAGCAGCAGGCGAUCACGGGCCCUGUUCCCUGCGGGUGUGGUGCACCCUGCCCACAGCCAGCGAGGUCUGCCAGGGCUCCCGCCGGCUCCUGUGGAGUGGGCGUCACCUCCCCGGAGUCAGCUCCCCGCUGGCUACGUUGCUGUAAUAAACCUUGACUGUGACAACAGGUGUA